AAGCGUUAAUCUUGGAGGGAGUGGCGUGAAUGCACGAAUGUCCCCGGAUGAGCACUCCUCCCUUCCUCCUCUCGGCCGGGUUGGUGUGUCUUCCUUCCGGCUUGCCGAAGAAAGUUGAGGGACGUUCAGUGGCAACUUGGCUUUUACAUAAUGGACAGCCAGGGAAGGAAAGUGGUGGUCUGUGACAAUGGGACUGGGUUUGUCAAGUGCGGCUAUGCAGGCUCCAACUUCCCAGAGCACAUCUUCCCUGCGCUUGUUGGGAGGCCCAUCAUUCGCUCGACAGCCAAAGUGGGAAACAUUGAGAUCAAGGACCUGAUGGUGGGGGACGAGGCCAGCGAGCUACGCUCCAUGCUGGAGGUCAACUACCCCAUGGAGAAUGGUAUAGUCAGGAACUGGGACGACAUGAAGCACCUGUGGGACUACACCUUCGGCCCAGAGAAGCUCAACAUUGACUCACGCAACUGCAAGAUCCUUCUGACCGAGCCCCCCAUGAACCCCACCAAAAACCGUGAGAAAAUCAUUGAGGUGAUGUUUGAGACCUACCAGUUUGCAGGAGUCUACAUUGCUAUCCAAGCUGUGCUGACACUGUAUGCCCAAGGCCUUCUGACUGGUGUGGUGGUGGAUUCAGGUGACGGUGUCACACACAUUUGUCCCGUGUAUGAAGGCUUCAGCCUGCCUCACCUGACGAGACGCCUGGACAUCGCAGGCAGGGACAUCACCCGCUACCUCAUCAAGUUGUUGUUGUUGAGGGGUUACGCCUUCAACCACUCUGCAGACUUUGAGACAGUACGCAUGAUGAAGGAGAAGCUGUGCUACGUGGGCUACAACAUUGAGCAGGAGCAGAAGCUGGCGCUGGAGACUACUGUGCUGGUGGAAUCAUACACGCUGCCAGAUGGUCGUGUGAUCAAGGUGGGAGGAGAGCGGUUUGAAGCCCCUGAGGCUCUGUUCCAGCCCCACCUCAUCAACGUGGAGGGCGUUGGGGUGGCCGAGCUCCUCUUCAACACUAUCCAAGCAGCUGACAUAGACACCAGGCCUGAGUUCUACAAACACAUCGUGUUAUCAGGGGGAUCCACCAUGUAUCCAGGCCUGCCGUCUCGGCUGGAACGAGAACUCAAGCAGCUAUACCUGGAGCGUGUGCUCAAGGGAGAUGUUGACAAGCUUUCGAAAUUUAAGAUCCGGAUUGAGGACCCUCCCAGACGAAAGCACAUGGUGUUCCUGGGUGGAGCUGUGCUGGCCGACAUUAUGAAGGACAAGGACAACUUCUGGCUGACCCGGCAGGAGUACCAGGAGAAAGGAGUCCGUGUGCUGGAAAAACUUGGAGUCACCGUCAGAUAAAGCACUGAACGGACAGACCAUGCAUACACACAGACACACGCACACAUUUCCCCCCUUGCCCCAUUGCAGAGUAUAUAUCUAUUUAUCCCUCUUCUCUCUUUCGGCUCUUGAUGCUCCUCAAACAUCAGAGGGAAUCGUCUCCUCCUCCUCUCCCUCCUGUCUGCCUCUCAUUUCUCCAGGUUUGGGAUUGGCUCUACCUUUUCCUCGCAAGCCCUAUUUCCACUGAAAUCCCUCCUUAAGUUUAUUAUGAAUAGAAGAGUUCAUGUUGAUGUUCUGGUACAUUUUGAAGUCUGAUUUUCUUUGAGUACUGGUGGAGAAGUUUAAAACCAGUGGAAAAUGGUUUAGUCAUAUACUGUAGGUUAUUUGGUGGGUAAACCCACCAGCCACUCAGUGUUUCAGAAAGUUUAUUUCCCUCCCCUUAUAAAACCUCCACAGGGGAUAAAUUGAUGCAAAGUUCCUAAGCAUCUGUACUGUCACAGUCAGGUCCACCACAAAUAGCCACGGCCUGCUUCAGCGUCUGUUCCAGGUGAGCGUGAACUGAUCACAUUUUUAUGUCGGUUUUUAUAAAUGAUAUCAUGGCUUUGUUUUCUGGGAGAGGGAAUACUUUUGUUUGGCUUGUCUUGUUUUUGAUGGAUGUAUGACCUAGCCAAGUUUAUACCUUAUAAAUUGGUUGUUCUUUUUUUUUUUUUUAUUGGUAUUUUCUUUUGUUGCUGUGCACUACUUACCAUUGGAAAUUGAGUGGUUUUUUUGUGGUGUCAGAAGUUCUCCUUUUCUUUUUUACUUUUUUUUUUUUUAAAAGAAUUGGUCGAUUUAUAAAGGGCCAUGCUCAAAGUAUAGCUCCUGAGCUUGACAUCGCCUGUGUGAUGGUACAGUUCAUGGGUGGUGAGAUGGCAACAGAUGUGGGAGAGUGUUGCUUUGUUCCUCAUCAAACUGCUGUGCGUCUGCCUCCUCUUGGUGUAAAUCCUGAGCUGAAUGUGUGAGCAGUUGUAGCGAUCUUACGGACUGUGGCGACAUUAUGGUACCUCACCUGUCGUGUUCAAUCAGACCCACCAACACAUGGAGGCAGUCGAAGGUAGAAGAUGGGAUCAGUUUGAAUCUGGGAAAAUGGUAUUUUAAAGAGGUAACAAUGCUGAUGAGACCAUAACGAUUACUGGAGGCACUUCUAUUCUGAGUAUGACAAAUGUUUUGGUUUUUUUUUCCUCUUUCCAUUAACACCUAUCCAGUGCCAAGUUUGGUUAAUAUUAACUGGAUCUGUCUUGUUUUAAUGUCUUUUUUUUUUUUUUGUCACUUUUUUUCCAUUUUCCUGUGUUGUUCAUAGCAUAACUGCCUAACGCUGAUUUAAAUAAAGAAAAGUG